AUGGAGUGCGAGCCGGAGGAACUGCAGUUCCUGGGCGUCGUCGUCAUCUACCGCUUCUCCGCGGAGAUCCUCCGAGGCCCGCACCGCCCGCUCUUCGCGCGCAUCGCGGCCGCCUUCGCGCUGCCCCUCUCCGCGCUCUUCCUCCUGCACGUCGCCAUCUCCCACGCGUUCUUCACCCACAUCGACUCCGACGACACGGCCCUGGACGCAUCCUCCCCGGGCACCGACACGCAGCGCCACUUGCUGUCCCGCCUCGCCUCCGACUGGCUCGCCCUGCUCCUCUUCAAGUCCGCCUACCUCCUCGCACUUCUCCUGCUCUCGCUCCUCUCCGUCGUCUCCGACAAGCGCGACGCGCUCACCUUCCCGCGCGUGCUCUCCGUCGUGCCCCGCGUCUGGCGGAGGCUCACCGCCACGUUCCUCGCCGCCUUCGCGCUCCUCUUCGCCUACCACGUCGUCGUCGUGCUCGUCUUCAUCGGCCUCCUCGUCGCCGCGGACAACGGCUCCGCCCUCGCGGGCCUGCUUGCCUUCCUCGUCGUCGUCGCCUACUUGCUUGGCCUUGGAGACCUCGGCGUCGUCUGGCACCUCGCCAACGUCGUCUCCGUGCUCGAGGACCACAAGGGCUUCGCCGUCAUGCGCAAGAGCAAGGACCUCAUCAGGGGGAAGCUCGUCACCGCGGGGGCCAUAUUCUUCACGCUCAACGUUGUCUUCGCCGCCGUCGAGCUCGGCUUCCGCGCCUGGGUCGUCAGGGGAUCCGGUGCCGCGUCGUCCAGGCUCUUGCUCGGCCUCAUCAUGCUCGUCGUGCGCUGUUGCGUCGUCAUGCUCGCGCUCGUCACGCAGACCAUAGUCUACCUCGUGUGCAAGAGCUACCACCACGAGAGCCUCGACAACGCCAACAUCUCCGACCACCUCGAGGUCUACCUCGGCGACUACGUCCCGCUAAACGCGUCCGACGUGCAGAUGGAGCAGUUCCAGGUCUGACUGUGAAUCCCAUAGCUUCUUUCUGUCUUUAUCACUGCUCGCCAAUCCAUCCUCUGAUGCUGGAAUUCUCCUGUUACCACCGGCAGCCAGGUAAUCUGUAAUUGUGUACGUACAGCAGCACAUGAUGAACAUACUUGCGUUAAGUAGGAAGAAUUGGGAAUUUUUGUCUUGGGGUACAAGAAUAAUGGGGAUCUGUACUU